AUGCAUCACUUGAUUUUCAUAUUGAGUCUCCUUUUGUUCAGUGCAUUCAGUUUGUAUCCAAUGGAAGCAAAGAAGAAUUCUUUCAGCUUUGAUCUUAGUCAUCGUGAUUCAAAAGCAUCUCCAUUUUAUGACUGGUCUAUAACAGAGUCCGAGCGUUCGAAAGCAGCUCUCAUCCAUUCCCUCAAUCGCCUCAAUCACCUCAAUCACUUGAAUAUGUCUAUGUUAACUGAUGCAAAAUAUGUACAGUCCGAUUUAAUUGUCGGCGACUAUCACAUGAACAUUUAUAUGAGUAAGUCAAAUUAUGGACGAGUUGUUAUCCCAAGCAUGUCAAGUGACCUAACAUGUAUACGCUGUGGCACUUGUUCUUCCAACUGUAAGAAUCAACAUCAAUCACCUUAUGAUCCAGAAUUUUCAAAUACCUAUCACAGUAUUCUGUUUGGCUCACAAGAGUGCAAAGAUAUAAAAGGUACGCGUCAUUCGGGCUCAAAUGAGUGCCAAUAUAUGUAUCAACAUGACGAAAUAUUAUCCUAUGGAAAGCUGGGCAAUGAGACCUUCUACUUUGAAUCUACCGAAAACGUAGAGAAAAAAUCAUUUUAUAUGGUGUUUGGAUGCGAUGAAGCACAUCACGGGAAUUUUAAAGAUGCUGUUCAAGGUGUUGUUGGUCUUGGACGAGGGCCAUUUUCGCUGGUUUCUCAAUUGGGAAAAGGAUUUAGUGAGAAAUUCUCCUACUGCUUGGUUGACGCGAAGCAAUUAGAUAAUCCUAGUAAGAUUAAAUUCGGAUCGGAUUUAAAACUCUACAACCGCGAUAUUAAAGGAUAUACAGUUAAAGUUGAUCCUUCUCAUCCCAGCUACCACCUCAACCUUCAAGCCAUUAGCAUUAACAGUGAGAAAAUAAAAAUACCAAAUAAGAAACAUGAUAUGAUAGUUGAUAUUCAGACACCCUCUACAUCGUUGCCUCAAAACAUGUAUGAUGAAUUCAUUGGGGAGUUUAAAAACCAAGUUGGCCAUGUAGAAUCAAUCGGAGAUACGGACUAUGACACUUGCUUCAACAAACAUGAAUUCGUCAAGAGACCCAAAGUUGUGUUUAAUUUUUCUCACCCAUUCCUAUCUAAGGGAGACUUUCCUGUGAAUCCUUCCACAAUGUUUCGUGAAUAUGGUGACUACAUGUGUUUGACAUUAAUGGUAUCAAAAGAUGGAGUUUCUGUUAUGGGGAACAAGGCACAAGUAGUCGUUCAAAUGAUAUUUGACCUGUCAAGCCAUUCGCUCACUUUUGCUCCGGUUGAGUGCCACAAAGUUCCAUAUUAA